AUGGCCGUGGCGGCAACAGCAGCGGCAGAGCAGCCGCCAGUCACGCCCAGGUCCUCCACUCUCCCAAGUCCGUCCGUCUCCGCGGGGUUGCUGGAGUUGCCCAGAGCGUCAACUUCGGGCGCUGCGCCGCCGUCACCAGGUGCCGCCGCUGCACGGGGAAAGGAGCGGCGCAAGUCGCGAGGCGGGUCGAUGCUGCUCGACGAGAUGCUGUUGGAGGGGCCUCCCCUGGCAGUCAAGGCAGGGUUCGACCGGGGGAGGUCCGCGGAUGGAGAGGGCUCUGUUGAUGGUGGUGGCUAUGAGUAUCAGAGCGGCGCUGCUGGGAAGGGCAGCGCUUAUAAUCUUGGUGUUGCAGCAGUGAGAAACGCCCGGAACAAGGCAGGAAGGGAGCAGUUGGUGUGGUCGGGCCAGACCCAGCAGCAGCAGGAGGAGGAUGAGGAACAGCAAGAGGAGGAAGAAGAGGGGGAGCAACAGCAGAAGCAAAGAGACCAGCAGCGAAGGCAACAACAUUUUGAGCCUUAUCACCGAGCGAAUGAGCAGCGGCCAUCCCAACCGUCUGAAACAUCACAACAGUACCGAACCUGUCAUUUACCGUUUGACUCCCAGCAAAAACUCUCUUCAGAAUGCGAGGAUGAGGAGGAGGAAGUGGAGGAGGGAAAGACACAGCGCGCAUGGCGAAGGGAGUGUUUACAUGGGUCGGGUCUAUACGGGAAUGAUGAUGCUAUGGAUGACGUCACGAACGAGGGCUGGAGAGGAGUAGAGGUGAAAGAGGAGGAGAGGGAGAUGAUGUCAGCAGCAGCAGCUGCCAUGCUGGACCUCGAGCAGUCUGACUCAGCACAGGAAAUUUCCACGGAGGGUGCAUGGGUUGGGCGAGGGCGAGAGGAACGGAGGCGUGGAGAUGUUUAUGGUUCUCCUGGCUAUUCUCUUCGUUUGAAUGGUUUCGGUGGUUCUGGUGGCUCAGGUCGUUCUGGUGAAUUUUACGUUGGUCUGAAGGUGGGUGGAGGCGAGAGGGGAAUCUCACAGAGGGAUGUGGGGUAUAGGGAUGCGAGGGAGGAGGGUGUGUUAGGGCACGUUCGGAGCAGGUCCGUGGGUCAUGCUCUCGGGCACAGGGAGAUGGGCGGCCGUCAGGAGAGCAGGGGAGAGGGGGAGAACGAGGAGGAGGAGGGUUACAAUGAGUGGGACGACGGGGAAGCUCAAAAGUGGGACCAAGAGGGUGUAGAGGAGAGUGACACGAGAUCAAGAGGAAGUGGCACCGGAAGGGGCACUAGAGACGCUAGACAGGAGGACAGGUCUGGGCACAAGGGGAAUGAGAGGGGGAGUGGGAAGGGGAAGGCGGAUGGGGAGGAGGUGAGAGCAAAAGGAAAAUGGAGGGCGGGUGAGGAGGAGGUGAGAGAGGCGUGGGAUGCAGUAGGAGUGAUGAUGAGGGGUGGGGUGGACGGGCGCAGACGGAAGGGUGUGGGACGAGAGGAGAGGGGAAAGGGAAAGGAGAGGGAGGAGAUAAUGACAAGGAUUCCAUCACUGCGGCUCUUGCUCCCGCUGUUCGAGCUUGUACCACACCAGGGGGCAGCUACUAACGAAUCUGCUGGGGGAUAUGCUGGUAACCGCUUGGCACGAGUGCAGAGGAAGAAGGAGGCUGGUGCUUCUGAGGCGGUUCAGACCAGUAAGGCUGCUUCCAAGACUGACGCGGUGCAGACCAGUAAGGCUGCGUCCCCUGCAGGGCAAGAAGGGGGGAUGGGAAAGAGCUUGACUGUGAAAGAGCGCGCUAUGAGGAAGGGGGUGCUUGCCGGGGCACUGGCAGAACUCGGGAGGGGUGGGGAGGAUGAUAAUGGGAGGGAUGUGGGAGAUGGGAGCAGGGGCCUGGGGAAAGAUGAGGGCGGGGGAAAGGGAAAAGCUGCCUCUGGGGAGAGUGGGAAAGGGUGCAGCAGGAGGGCAGGGAAGGGAGGGUUUGGGAAAUCUGUUACUGUGCAGGAUAGGUGGAGGGGAGGGGGGAUAGAUGGGAGUGGCAGGCAGUAUGGGUUGGAUGGAGAGUGGUUAAAUGGGAACGGGCCGGAGAAAGUGCGGGGCAAGGGGCAGGGGAAGGGGAUGGUGUGGGGAAGGAUGGCGAGCGUUCAAGUGCUCGGGAGAAAGUACAAUGGAGGGAGGCUUGAUGAAGAAGGGUGGAAGGAGCAUGAGACAAGCUCUGGCAGUGGUGUUGACCCUCCCGGAAAGGGGGACAAGAAGGGGAACUUUCCCCGGUCAGGAUCGGUUGGUUCUAACUCUGGGGCAAUGGGCUUGGGAAAGGAGGGAGGGGGAGGAAGGGAGGAGGGGAGAAAAGGGCAGGGGAAGGAGGGCAAAGAGGGGAAGGAGGGCAAAGAGGGGAAGGAGGGUACGGAGUGGAAGCAGAGGAAGGAGGGCAAGGAGGGGAAGAAGGACAAGGAAGGAAAGCAGAGGAAGGAGAAAAAGGAGGGGAAGAAGGGGUCCUUUCCUCGAUCGGGAUCGGAUGUGCUGUCUCUGUUUGGAAAGAUGGCAACCGGUAAAUUCACGAAAGCUGAGAAGCUCUCUGAGAAACAAUCCUUUCAGUAUGAUCCUCCUUCCCAGCAGCAGCAGCAGCAGCAGCAGCAGCGAGAGGUGGAAGAGGAGGAGGGAGGCAAUGCAUGCAAUGGUUCAGAGGACAAGGAGGAGAGGGAGAGGGUUGGUGAGAAGCAGAAGAAGACAGGGACAAAGCAGGGGUUUCUCAAGCGGCCUCUGGCUCUUCUUAACAAAGCCCCAUCCCACCCACCUUCAUCCCCCCUUCUCGUCUUUCCCCACCGCUCCUCCCAUUUCUCCCACUUCUCCUCUUCGCCCCUAUCCUCUCCCCACCAACCCUUUUCUCUUAUACCGCGCCUCGCCGCUCCCCCUUCCCCCCUCCCUCCCCGCAGGUCAUCCCGUUUCAAAAGGGCGAGGCAACUCAGCAGGCCGCCACCGGAUCUCCCCUCGUACCUCUUCAAGAACCGCAUUGUGUUCCUGGGCAUGUCGCUCGUGCCGUCCGUCACGGAGCUCAUCAUGGCGGAGCUGCUGUACCUGCAGUACGACAGCCCUGAGAAGCCGAUUUAUAUGUACAUCAACUCGACUGGAACAACUAAGGACGGGGAGAAGCUGGGGUACGAGACAGAGGCGUUUGCCAUCUAUGACACCAUGCGCUACGUGAAGCCUCCGAUCUUCACACUGUGUGUGGGCAACGCGUGGGGGGAGGCGGCGCUGCUGCUGUCUGCAGGGUCUAAGGGCAACCGGUCAGCACUGCCCUCCUCUUCCAUCAUGCUCAAGCAACCCAUCUCUCGGUUCCGCGGGCAGGCCACCGACAUUGACAUCAUGCGCAAGGAAGUGCGGAACGUGAAGACAGAACUGGUGAAGCUGUACUCGCGGCACACGGGCAAGUCAGAGGAGACGAUCGAGAAUGACAUCCGGCGUCCCUUGUACCUCACACCUGAUGCUGCCGUGGAGUAUGGCAUCAUUGAUAAGGUGCGGGCGACCACUCUGGUAGUGAUUGCACUGUGA